AACGACACUCAACACUUCACACAGACUUCCUGAGUGGUUUUCUGUCAGCAGCUCAAAAGUGGAAGUGGACAUGAUGUUGCUUUCUACUCACGACACACAAAAAGACACACAGUCACAGAGACAAGGACAGUGCUGGAGUGUCGUAUAACUAAUAUUUUAUUAUUAAUAUUUUCUGAGUCUGGAUUUAGAAUGAAGAUCCUCCUCAUCUUCAGCUUCUUCCUGAUUCCAGCUGGUACUGAUGCUGUAACUAUAGUAACUGGAUACAGAGGAAGAUCAGUUCAGAUUAAAUGUCCUUAUGAAUCUGGAUAUGAAGAUAACAAGAAGUAUCUCUGCAGAGGUGAAUGUUCAAUCCCUGGUUUUAAAGACAUUCCUGUUGAAUCUGGAUCUCCUGCUAAAGACCCCAGAUUUUCUCUGUAUGAUGACAAAACAGCCCGAGUCUUCACCGUCACCAUCACUGAUCUGAGACCUGAGGAUGGAAACACUUACUGGUGUGCGAUAGAGCGGAUAUUAUUGCCUGAUAGUUACACAGAGAUUCUCCUGCAGGUUAAAACAGUUGAUCCCACCAUCAGUUCUGUCUCACACACCACACACUUCACUCCAACCCAUGGGGACACGACACAUUCAGUAACAGUUGAUCCCACCAUCAGUUCUGUCUCACACACCACACACUUCACUCCAACCCAUGGGGACACGACACAUUCAGUAACAGUUGAUCCCACCAUCAGUUCUGUCUCACACACCACACACUUCACUCCAACGCAUGGGGACACGACACAUUCAGUAACAGAUAAGUUACUAACUUAUACUACCCACAAAACCCCCAUCACUUCCUCAUCUCAGGGAUUCCAAACUUUACCUGUCAUCACUGCCGUGUCUGUUGUUCUCGUGCUGCUUCUCAUUGCCCUUUUAUUUACUGGACUGAUACAGUGGAAAAAGAAGAACCAAGCCUCAUCAUCAGCCCAAUCCUUAAAAAGCUCCUCAAACCCCCGUGUGCUUCCAGCACCAGUCUGUGACUACGAGGAGGUUAAAGACAGCAGAUCUCUUUCUAACACAAUUUACUGCACUGCUCAGUUAUCCACAAACCUCUCUGACGGUUCUGAAACCAUUUACUGCAACACUGAAUUACCGACAACUCCAACUGUUUAUUCUACAGCACAAAACCCAUCAGAUUCUCCUGAUCAGGACUUCUACUCCACAGCUCAGUUACCCUCAGCAGUCAGUGCUACUUCACCAUCAGUGGUGAAAUCAGGUGAAAGUCCAAUGUAUGCAGCAGUGAGUUUUGAGACCAGCUCUUAUGGUGCAGUUCCAACAGCCAUCUACAAGAGCAAGAGCAACUCCUGUAUUUAUGCUACUGUAAAUAGCUAGUAAGCAUUCAUCGGAAUUCAUUCUGAGUUAUUUGUUCUUUUUAGCACCCAUUUAUAUAUUAUAUUACA